AAUUGGUAAUGGAUGAAUGAAUAAAGUUGGUAGUGAUACUCAAGGUUGCCACACACAUGCGCGCACACACAUGUAGCUGUAUGUCGCAUGUGUGCUGUUAUUUAGUUUAAAGUACGUUCGAAAAUCGUACCCGUAGGAUAUAAUCGCAAUCGAUCGACCAAUCGAGACGCAGAAAUGUUUGCUCCCCUUUUGUCCGAUUGGUCAGUUAAACGCUACUUCAUCUCACGAUAGAAUUUUUGAACGCAUUCUAGCAUACGCUUAAUUCUAACCUCUCUAAAAGAAACAAGAUACGUGUUCUGAGGGUUAUUGAAGUUUCAAACGUUUUUAAUAAAGUGACAAAUGCGCAAAAUAAUUAUGCGAAAACAUUCCAUACGGUUUUACCCGACGUGACAAAGUGACUCUAAAACGAUCAAGACAACAAAUAAAAUUUCGCUUAUCAAUGUCCCCUACACAUAUGUAAAUCCACGUACGUAAGUCCACGUGGGUUCUGAAUUAAUGUCUGCAUGAAUCGUCAUAACGCAUUGUUUGCGGUAAAAUGGAAAAAGAGCCGGCUCCAGUUACAAGAACGAGACUCAACUACGACAAUAAACUCAUCUUGGCGCCCAUGGUGCGUAUCGGAACACUUCCGAUGCGUUUGCUCGCUCUAGACUACGGUGCGGACAUAGUUUAUACCGAAGAGUUGAUUGAUAGAAAAUUACUUCGUUCGAUUCGUCGAGAGAAUGAUGUUUUGAGCACAAUCGAUUACAUCGACAAAACUGACGGUACAGUAGUGUUUCGUACUUGUCCUCGGGAACGAGAGCAUGUGGUUCUUCAAAUUGGUACGUCCGAUCCAUUAAGAGCGGCCGAAGUCGCUCGUAUGGUGGAAAAGGAUGUUGCUGGCAUAGAUGUCAACAUGGGUUGUCCAAAGAAAUUUUCAAUACUCGGAGGAAUGGGCGCUUCCCUUCUUAGUGACCCACGAAAAGCGACAAAUAUUUUGCGAAAGAUGAUUGAAACUGUAACAAUACCAGUCACGUGUAAAAUACGCGUUUUAUCCAGCCUGGAGGAGACUCUCCAACUUUGCGACACCCUAGCUUCUACUGGUAUCGAAGCCAUUGCCAUACACGGUCGCACGAUUGAGGAGAGACCGCAACACCCCAAUCGAAAUCAAGUUCUCAAGCAGAUUUCGGAUAGACUCUCGAUACCGGUCAUCGCGAAUGGUGGGUCCAAAGACAUUCAACAGCAUUCCGACAUAUUCAGAUUUAAAGAAAAAACAGGUUGUAGUAGUGUGAUGCUUGCUCGCGCAGCUCAAUGGAACUGUUCGAUAUUUCGUAAAGAAGGUCUACUAUCAAUGGAAAAUGUUAUAAAAUCAUAUUUAAAAUAUGCAGUUGAUUGUGAUAAUUCACCUUCCAAUACAAAAUAUUGUGUACAAAAUAUUUUACGGGAGCUUCAGGAAUCUCCUCUAGGAAGAAAAUUUCUCGAUUCGCAAACACUAGAACAAAUAUGUGAAGUAUGGGGAUUGGGUGAUUAUUGCCGAUCCAAAAAUAAGGAAUUUCGAGAUAAGGGCUUGUUGGGUCGAUUUCAAGUGAUGCCAGUAAUGCUCGACAAAGACGCAAAGGACAAUAAUGUUUCUCACAAAAGAAAAAUUUAUGAAGAGAAUGAUGUUUCCUUGAUGCGUUGUGCUUUUUUGAGGAAUAGUUACACAACAGACUCUGAACUGCCAAAGACUAGAUUACUCAAGUGGACCAAGGAAAAUCGUAAAAAAAUGCCGAUAUAUAAUACUCAGCAAGAAGAUAAACUUUUUUGUUCUGUAGUUACCGUUGACGGCAGGAAAUAUGGUUCUUCCUUCUGGGAAAAAAAUAAGAAAUGGGCUGAACAAGGUGCUGCUUUGGUAUGUCUCUAUUUCUUGGGAGUAAUCAAUGAAGAAAGUCUUUCUGCUAGUGGCAACAUUAUUUCUCGAUGAUAUCUAGACUUUUGAUCUAUAGAAUGCAUUUAAAAAUUUUUGAUGCAAUUAUAUAAAAAAAUAUGUAAAUAUUAUUCUUUCUGUAAAUAAAUUUUACUUUU